GUGGUGAGUAGUGUGAUCCGGCGGUGUGUUAUUUUCAACAAAAUUCAACUUUUAAAAAAGAAAUUCACGACUGCGAGAGGCAACACGAGGCGACGGUCGCUUGGCCUCCAUCCUCGGUCGACAUUUGUCCUUAAACUGUAGGGUAUUUGACAGCUACAGUCGGACAAAGAUCGACACAGAUUGACAGUUGGUGGAUAUCGUUAUUAGCUUACAGUAGCUAACUUAUCCCGACAUACCAGCUGCCUCAGCGCUGUAUGUGCGGCAAUAACAUGUCAGCGCCUUUACCUGCCAUUGUGCCUGCUGCCCGGAAAGCCACUGCAGCGGUGAUAUUUCUGCAUGGCCUCGGUGACACGGGGCAUGGCUGGGCAGAAGCUUUCGCGGGCAUCAGGAUACCACAUGUGAAAUACAUCUGUCCACACGCUCCCACCAUGCCUGUUUCUCUGAACAUGAGGAUGUCCAUGCCUUCCUGGUUUGAUAUUUAUGGGUUGAGCCCAGAUGCAAGUGAAGAUGAGUCUGGUAUUAAAAGAGCGUCAGAGAACAUUAAAGCCUUGAUAGACCAAGAAGUGAAGAACGGGAUACCUUCACACAGAAUUCUCCUGGGUGGAUUUUCACAGGGUGGAGCUUUGUCUCUCUACACCGCUUUAACAACUCAGCAGAAGCUUGCAGGAGUGGUCGCUCUGAGCUGCUGGCUCCCUCUCCGAAACUCCUUCCCUCAGGCGUCUGCCAACAGUGCUAACAAGGACAUGCAUGUGCUACAAUGCCACGGGGAUGCCGACCCCCUCGUCCCCUUCAUAUUUGGCAGCCAGACAGCAGAAAAGAUGAAAAGCCUCCUCAAUCCUGCCAACGUCACCUUCAAGUCGUAUCGGGGUCUACCUCACAGCGCCUGUUCCGAGGAAAUGGUGGAUGUCAAGCGAUUCAUAGAGAAGCAGCUUCCUCCCAUCAGUGACGAAUGAACUCGGGAGGAGACGCACAGCACCUUUGGGCUCCAGCGAGACUCCGCAGAUUCCAGGAACCACUGACUUACUUGACAAUAAAACCACGCUGCUGCUCAUAGAGCCAGACAGGACCGGGGCUCCAUAUUUUAACGCAGGAGAGGAUUAACAGUCCUGACCUCACACACAACCCCCAGUGUUAGAGUAACUUUAGUUGCUUGAUUGUAAAGCUAUUUGCCAUCGAGACAAGCCAUUUGCUGCAGGAAACGUAUGUAUUGGAAUAACUAGGGCUAUACUUUAUGGUUUAAUAUCUCACAAUAAAUGGCCUGUUGUUAAA